AUGAAGUUAGGAACGGUAUAUUGUACGUUUUGUACUUUAAUGCUAACUGCGUCUGCCAAUCGAGACUUUGAUAGAACUUUCCAGAUGCUUAUCAAACGCGGAAUGUCCUCUACUUCAGCAAACCCGCCUCUGAUACAGCGUGAGUUGCCCACUUUGACGGCAAGCUCAAACUCUUCAAGUGCAAGCACUGGUGCCACAGCUACAUCAACCAUCUCUUCUUCCUACAGCGCGACCUUCACGCCAGUGGUGCCGGAUACCGCUGGAAGCAAAGAGAUUUACCGAACGGCGUAUCCCAGUGGUACAGUUUUCGUUAUUGUUGGGGCCAUAAUCGGAUUUUUUGGGGUCGUUUUUUCGUCGAUCUGGGCGAUCUUCGCACUACGGGGGUGGUUGAGUGCACGUCGUGAGUACCGGGAACGGUCCGUUGAAGCCCGGUUCCAAUCGGAUCCUUUUAUGUUCCACUCUCGAGAUUCAGACACCGAUUACUCGGACGGUUCUUCCCACAGCGACAUAUCGGAGAAGGUUUUGAAGACCAGAAGCUCUAAACGACCAGUUUUGAGCACUUUUAACUCCCAGUCCACGAUAGAUCUAUUACAAAACGGAGCGUUCACUACCAACACCAUUUCACAAGCUGAACGUCAAUCGAUGUUCAUAUCACCUACGGAAAUCAUGAAAAAUACGGCUAACGGCAACGGUCUGCCGUCUCAAGGAACACCACAGUCGGAGUUCUCGGAGUUUUCAGGACCGGUACAAGCUGCACAGGUCUUAGAGCAUUCUGAUCCUCUGUAUCAAUUCGCAUAUGGUGAGCCACGCUCUGUAAGGCCUCCAAGUAUCCAUUUAGAGAAAAUGUUUGACGAAGAGCUGUGA